UGUAGUUACUUCAAGGUUCUAAUAGCCUUUAAAUUUAGGCAAGGCUAGGCUCUGAAAUACCUGAAUAUGAUACAGAAAGUAAGUAAUAUAAUGUAAACCAAAAUCGACAUGCAAAAAUUAUUCAAUAAAGAAAUCACGAUACAUAAGGUUAAAUCACGUUUGUGAUUGGUCGUAUUGUAAAUGCCUGGACCAAUUAGACCAAAUGUCCUUGAACCAAAGACGGGACAAGUUAAUAGUACCCAUAGCCGACAAGCACGGUGAUUGUCAUGAAAUGGAUGAAGCGAGAGAGGUAUGUCCGUAGCAAGAUCUCCUCUCGGACCUCUUCGGACAAAAAGGUUGAUGAUUUAACUCCAUUUCCAAAAAUGCUAUGUGAUAAUUGUUAUGGAAUAAUUCAAUUAACAAGCGAAUUUCGGGAAUCAAUUCUUAUUAAUGACAAACAGCUGAAUGAUUUUGCUAAACUUUAUUUCUCUUCGGAAAUUAUCCCUACCUCUAAUGGAGCUGUACCAGAAGAGACAAGGGCCACAGAACCGGUGAUUUGUAAUACUGAGCUCCAAGAAAGCCAUGUUCAACCAAUAAUUAGAGUUAGAAAUGAUUUGUUUCAAAAUAAAGUAAUCAAUACAGAUUCUAGUCAAACAACUAAUGACAUGGGUGAUUUGAGUUCUUUAGAAAAACAAAAUGAACAAGCACCUCCAGAACAUGAAAACUGUGAUCUCUUAAAUACAAAUGAAUCAAUAUCAAAAGCAUCAAUGGAGACAAUAAUAAUAGAUGAUGAGGAUGUACUUCGACAAAGCAAUGAUAGUCCAGAAAUAGAUGGAAUAACAAAUGAUUUGUAUAUAGAUGAAACGGCAUAUUUAUGUGAUCAAGACAAUGUGAAUGAGAGUAAGAGAGAACUAAGAGAAAAAGAUUUAUUAGCAGUGAAUUUAGCUCUUCCAAUGGAUCAGAAUUCUAGAAUUUCAACGGAAUCAAUUGAUACAAUAAUAUUAGACUAUGAAGAUUCACCCCAACAAAGCAAUGUUUGCCAAGUUCUCCCGAUGGAAAGAGCUAAUGAUUCUCAUGAAAAUAUUGAAAAUGACCCGAAACUUAAAGAAGAUUUAAAUAAAAAUAGACAAAAUCGAAGCUUUUCAAAUGAUGAUAGUUGGGAAAUAAUUAUUACAUGUGAAUCUCCUGCCAAGGAUAUUGAAAAUAUGUCAAAUACAAAUUACGAUUGUAAAAAACAAUCUAAUAAGCACAAAAAGACACCACCCAAACAUAAUGCACAAAUUAAAAGGGAAAUCGCCGAUGACCAGGAGGAUAUUAAGUUUUCAAAGAGAAUAAAAUUCGAGGACGGUUUGGAAUAUAAUUGUGACCAGUGUUCAAAGUUUUUUAUGUCGAAGAAAAAACUGUACUGCCAUAAGAGGGUUCAUAAUAAAAAGUAUGAAUGCAUAAUAGCAGGUUGUAAAAAAACCUUCGCAACGAAAGGAGAUCUUCAAAAACAUACACGGACUCACACUGGAGAAAGGCCGUACGAAUGUGAUCUUUGUGAUAAGAAAUUCAGACAGAAAAUAUUAUUGAGAUAUCAUAAAGGCUCAAUCCAUGGUAUUAAAAUAAAGAAGACCGACGAAGAAAAUGAUGAUAAUAUUUGAUGAACAGUCUGAAGUUGUGAUGGAAAUAACGGAUAUGUUUUAAAUGCGUUAAAAAUCACAAAGAAGGGACGGAACCUAACCUUGGAGAGUAUAACUACGAAGUACCCACAAUGUUCAAAUUAAAAAAAAAACUCUUUACGCUGAAUGUACUUUAUAAUAAUUGUUUUAUCUAUUACCUAGUAGGUACUUUGGUUUAUUUGAUUUUAUGAAAAAUAUUUGUUUUAAUGCAAUAAUUAUGCAUUGUAGAUUAAGUUUUCCUACAUUUAAUUUAAAAAAGUUUUACCCUUAUGUAAAUAAAAUCAUGUUUUAACUUACUAAUUUUACUGUACCAGUUCUUUCUUGUAGCACCUUAUAAAUGAUUAAUUUAAUUAGACAUUAAGUGAUAAGUGCCGUCCAUACCCUACUUUACUUAUCGAACGUAACCAAGAUCAAUUAAAUGAUUAAUACAAGUGUAAAGCCGUCAUUGAACAGGAGACCCCAUUUUCGUCCUUCAUUGUAAUAAAAAAAAACAAAUUAAGUGAAGUUAACAUUGUUUGUUGUAAAUAGUCUAUAAUAUUGACUAUAUAUAUAGCCUAUUUUAGCGCGUUGUAAAAGAAGGCAAGUUUAUUAAUAAUUUUUAUAAAUUAGGAACAUUCAUUGUUCCAUUCAAAAUGUCCGUUUGUCAUUACCAUUGACAUUUGACACAUUCACACAAUAUGCUUUUAUCAUGUAUAAAUACUUUAUAAGAUACAAAAACACCUGUUAAUUUAUU